UUGAGGUUAUAAUUCGCGGUUUAACGGUUCCUGUUUUCGAAGGCUGUUUAUAUGGUUUUUCCAAAUAUUUAAAUCCCGAAAAAUGUCUGAAUUCACACUGAGUUAUCGAGAAGUGACCCCCGAUCAAGCCCUGUACGAAAAAUGGAUCGAAAUAACAUUACACACAGGUAGUAGGGGCACCCAGAGCACAUUGCAGGACAUAAAAAUCACCGAACGAGCUAAUGGGUACAGUUACUUAGAUUCCACAAGACAUUAUACAAGAAAUCGGUUUAUAUAUUGGCGAAUUAGCUCGGAUACCUUGGAGCUAAUUGAGCAGAGUUUAGAUAUAAACCUUACGGGAAACACUGUGAGGUACAGGUUUAUGGAUAGUCCGAUAAUUGAUGGUAUUUCAGUACAAGAAACUGAAGAAAACGUAAUUAUUUUGGUUCCUACAGUUUGUAGCGUGCAUAUGUUAAGAUUUCCUCAUCCUUCAAACUACCAUAAGCAGGAUGAUUUGUUGGGAAGUCAUCCGAAUUUAGCAGCUCCUUCGAUAUUUUCUAAAGCCAGCACCUUAGAGGCUAGAAAUCCUAAUAAUUUCUAUGUAUUUAACAACCCAAGUACAGCAAUGGAUCAGUUACCAAAUCUAGCAAGUUCAUUUUACGACACUGAAAAUGGAGAGGCUAUAUUUAUUCUAUCUUAUCCUUCUUUGGAAUUGUUACUAAUCAAACUAAAUGGUCACGGUCAAACAAUUUGUACUGAAUUGAAAGGGGAAUCACUGAUGCCCAGAUUUUUGUCAGGGUUAACAGAAAAAUUUAGGGCAAAAAAUAAUGAUGCUGGUCAAAUUGUUAGCACACUAAUUCAACUCAUAGACUAUGAAGUAUAUAUUUUAACCCUGACAAGAGGUGGACAUUUGAAAUUUUGGUCAAGCAAAAAUGGACAGUGUGUGGCAGUGAUAGACAUCUUAACAGAAACCGGAGACUUUGGGAGAGACCGCUUACAGCAUGCUGUUCUUAAAAAAGCCUUGGACGCUCAAGAAAAUGACUGUCCUUUGGCAAUUUUCAUGAGUUUCCCUAGUGGUUGUCAAUUUCACAUCUUAAAACCCAUUGUGAGUGGUCAGCAAAUCAGGAUAAAACGUUUGAAUACUUUGACAUCAUUAGAGAGUAAUUUAAUUGAUUUUUCACUUCAAUGUGAUCGAUUGUGGUCACUGUGGCGUACUUCUGAGGAUGAUUGUGUGAUUCACACGGCUUCACUGAAGUCAGGGACAUGGACACCAAUAAUUAGGGAAGUUGUGAAUGAUAUUCAAAAUCCAGUGAACAGAGGUGAAUGUGAUCCAAGACAAGUGUACUUACAACACUUAUUCCAUCCAGGAAGAUUCCCAUUACACGUCAUAAAUAAAUCUUUAGGAAUUUACAAGAAAUCCAGUUAUAUUACUUCAGAAAUCAACCUGACUUCUGUAGCAGCCAUGAAACAGGCAAUUUCAUUGGCCAUAGAAAGCGAUAUACAGAGUUGUUUUUCCGAUUCCGAGGUUAUGGAUCAUGAAUAUCUAGAAUAUACUGAGUGGUGCUGGCAGAAAUUUUAUUCGUGCUGUUUGCAGUACCAUCAAACCAGUUUGAGACCUCUUGGUUUGAUGGUUAUACCUCAGAGUUCUGGAGCUGUCUUGUUGAAAAAGGCAACUUUUUCGUUUCUGAGACCUACUGAGCCUCUGGAACACAUGAUUUUGUGCAGUGAUUACAUGUAUAAAGAUCAGUUUAUUAAUUUUGCGCUUUUGGCUGAAGAGUCAGACUUGAUAGAUGACGUUAUGACACUAUUUGAAGUAUUAGUUUACUUGGAUAAACAAUUAAACAACAGAUUUAAGACAGAAUUUGAACAGAAACUCGCCAUUAACCUAUCACCAAACACUGUUAUCACAAACUUAUUAGAAAACCUCAAAAUCGAAGUUGACGGAGAAUAUAACAAUAUAUGUCAGCGUGUAACAGUGCUUCUGAAUCAAUGUUCAGACUUAUACAGGGCAAUACACAAAGUCCUGGAACUUUUGAGACAAGAUAGUACCCCAGCAAAUCCUGACAAUGAUGUCAAUCCGAGCGCUUUGCAUUUUUUCAGUAGCUCUUUGGGAGUGUCAUUUGUGGCUGCUUCGUUAAGACAGCAAUGUCAAAACAGAUUUGCCAUUUGCAGAGAUUUGUUAAUAAUUUGCAACAUUCUUUUUGACACUAAACAGCUUCAACCAAACGUCUACGAAGCUAUACACUCAGUGUGUAAACCGGAAAUAAUAUAUUUAACUCAGGCCAAUUAUGUUAUGCUUUGGAUGACAAAGCUACCAGCCCUCAACAAUGUUCCUCAAGAAAACAGUAUACAACGUUUGGCACCUAUCAAACUUACCCCAGCUUACAAUAUCAAGCCAAACGGAGCUAUAUUCUCUCUUUUGGAGCUAUUUUCCUCAUCCACUGGAGGACACGAAGCAAGAAAAAUGCUGGCGAAGAUAGAUUACAAUGGUGAAAGCAUGGCGCAUUGGCAUUUGAGUUUGUUGCCUUUUAUCAGCUACCUCAGACAAAUUUUAUGGCCUCUGAAAAACAGCACUAUGCUUGCUGAGUGGUUAGUUAGCAGUGGUCAGCACGUCUGGCUUCAGCAAUACGUGAAAAUGCUGAGCAGUUGGUGCGAUUGGAACAUUUCAAGCUGUAGUUUUUUGCUGGCUGUUUCAUUUCUGAUGAGUGCCGAAAAUUAUAAGGCUUUGGAUUUGUUCCAAAUAGCUGCAAAAGGGAUUUUUACUGAGCCCUUUAUGCAGGAAAGAAUGUUGAAAGGUGACAAAGGACCACAAGCUUAUAUUAAUUAUUAUUUAAAGGUAAUACAUUUAUUUGAACUGCACAAAGCCAGGGAUUGUGCCAUACAAAUGGCCAACACAGCUCUGAGCAUUGUUGAAACUGACAAUCCCUUACUGGCAACGCUGUAUUCUAUCAAAUUUAAGCAUCAUCUAGCUUUAAAGCAUUACGAGGAAGCAUUCUAUGCUCUUAAAAGCAAUCCAGAUCAUGAAAGGAAGAAGGAUAAUUUGAGGGACUUAGUUAAAACAUUGCUGGAUGAGAAAAAGUUUGAUGUUUUGCUCAGUUUUACCUAUGGAGAUAUGGAUGAACUGUUUACAAGUAUUCUACUAACUAGAGCUAGAGCUACAGAUGCCACGAGCAAUGUUUUCUAUGACUUUUUGUACGCUUAUCAGAUAACUAGGGGUCCUUUAUGUCAUAGACUAGCUGCCUCUAUAAUGUACGAACAAGCAUACAGACUGUCACAAACCAACACAACAGACGCUUUAGAAAAGCAAGUGAAAUGUUACCUUGCAGCUAAAAACGUACUACAAUUGGUUGAUCCACAGUACGCCUGGGUUAUACGACCUUCAGACCCCGACGAAGAUGAAGACGAAGUUAUUCUAGAAUCUCUAGCAGGAUCGCAGAAAGACAACGAAGUUUUCAGAAUAAAAAAACAAAUCGAAGUGGUCGAUAUAGAAAUCAUAAAGAAGGAACUCAUUUUCUCUUGUGCCAAGCUGAAACUAGCCAGAUUCGAUUCAUCUAUACCCUCAAACGUCAACACUCCAGUUGAGUUGGUAACACUGUUAAACAGUGCAGGGUUGUUUAAAACAGCUUUAGAAAUUUGUACGACUUAUAAUCUCGGGUACGCCACUGUUUUUGAGUCGUUGACGUUGAAGUGUAUCAUGUUGAGUGAGGAGGAGAACCCAAACGCUUGGGAUUGGUUGGUGGAGAAUGAUUUACAAGAUCUUCCAGCAAACAGAGACAGUAUUUCAGAAGUAGUUUGGCAACUAUUACAAGACUAUUUAGAGAAAUAUGAAGAACCCAACAUGACCACCCUACACAAAAUCGUCUGCAAGAAAAUAAUCAACAUGAGGAUGUACAUACCGUUUUGGAUGCUCAAGUCCUACAAAGUUAGGAAUCCUUCAGAGAUACUCAGACUGCUCCACUGCUCAGGUCGAUUAGAAGAAGCUUUCGAGGUUGCUCACGAGUACCUGUUGGCAGCACUGGGCUAUGGAAAAGAACUAUAUGGAUUCAAAGUACCUUUAGCCCCAAAUUCUCCAGCUUUUUGUCUGCCAGUCUACGAAAUACAGUGCUUCAUCAAGGAGUUGCAGAUGCAGAACGAUAAGGACUUGCUAAGACCCUUUCAAAAGGAACAUACAAUAUUGAAGGAAUUGUUUGAGAAGUAUUUGGCAACAGCUACGCGGAUAUCCAACGAGAAAUGUCAACUUCAAAUGUCAUCGUUUGGCUCCAUUGGAAGUGUGGCAAACAGGAGCAUAUUUUAAUUGUAUUUUUUUUAUUUAAAUAAAGUAUUUUUUUAAGAGCCAUACUAGGUUAAGACUAUUCGUUGUUUGUACAUCUUUUUAAGCUUAAUAAAUUUUUAUAAAAAAU